ACUUCACAGCCAUGUUGCAGAAUGCAUGUGGCAGCCAUGGAGAGGGAUUAGCUGUUGUUUGCUAUUCUGGGCAAUUCUGCUUGUUUCUGUUUGUUCACGCUUGUAAGGUACAGAUGCCAAUGAUGGAUGUGAUCUGAAUUCACAGAGGGACAUACAGGAGGCAGCUCUGUCAUCUGGCCUUCACACUUCCUGUUGUCACAUGCAUGUGGCUGUCAGGUCGCUUGGCUUAAGCAGUGCGCAUGCCUGCUCCCUCUGUUUCAAUGACUGCCUGUCAGUCAGGAGCUUCUUAGUCCUGCUGGAUUAGUGCACAGACCACAGUGGGAGAGUGUGACAGCAACAAUAGACAUGAGCGUGACCAUCGAGGAGAGGGGCAGGCCCAACACCCUGGACUACAGGGUGUUUUUCAAAAACUCUGAGGGCAAAUACAUCUCUCCGUUCCAUGACAUACCCAUCUACGCAAAUGAAGCAGAGAAUAUAUUUCACGCCGUUGUGGAGGUCCCAAGAUGGACGAAUGCAAAAAUGGAGAUUGCCACCAAAGAUCCUCUCAAUCCACUGAAACAAGAUGUGAAGAAAGGGAAUCUUCGUUACGUAGCCAAUGUGUUUCCUCACAAAGGCUACAUCUGGAACUAUGGAGCUAUUCCACAGACGUGGGAAGACCCAAACCACAAGGACAGUGACACAGGCUGCUGUGGAGACAAUGAUCCUAUUGAUAUAUGUGACAUAGGGAAUAAGGUGUGCUCUCGAGGGGAAAUAAUCAAAGUGAAGGUGUUGGGAACUCUGGCUUUGAUCGAUGAGGGUGAAACAGACUGGAAGGUCAUUGUGAUCAAUACUGAGGACCCUGAAGCCGCCGACUUUAACGAUAUUGAUGAUGUAAGACGACUUAAACCUGGAUACCUGGAGGCAACUGUUGACUGGUUCAAACGAUACAAAGUCCCAGAUGGGAAACCUGAAAACCAGUUUGCUUUCAACGGAGAGUUCAAGGACAGGGACUUUGCCAUUAAAACAGUGAAGAGCACCCACGAGUUUUGGAAGGCACUGAUUUCUAAGAAGACUGAUGCUGGCGAGUUAAACUGCAUGAACACCAGUGUGUCAGACAGUCCGUUCUGCUGCUCCGCUGGGGACGCAGAGGCUGUGGUUAAGUCUGCGUGUGCUUUUGGAGACGAAGAUCCCAUUCCAAGCUCAGUGGACAAAUGGUUCUACUAUGAGAAGUAAGAAGAAAAGCCUGAGCAGGAACCUUCAUCCCUUCAUUCGUCUGGUUUCAACACAUCAGAGCAGCACAUGAAGUGGACUGGAUUUAUAUUUCAUGUCACAUUUACUCGCUUCUUUGUUCACACUUGAAUGUCUGAUGCUGUUGUGUGAUUGUGGCACCAUAUUACAUUUAAGUUACUGCAUAGCAGCCUGAUUUCAGGCUUGACAGAACAUCACAAUAAACCAUGCUAAAAGCCA